GUGUGUGUGUGUGUGACAGAGAAAUCUCUCAAAACUCCAGGACGCACGCUGCGCACACUGUAUGCACGCACGCACACACACACAGAGGCGCGCGCGUUUCUUUUCCGGCCCGAUUUCGGGUCAUUGAUGCGUUCACGUGCGAGUGGAAUCAUGUCUCCAUCCUGCCGCCGGAGAAAACGGAGAAAAUAGAAGAUCCACCGAGUUUUGUUGGAAGUCUCACGGUCCACAUGAAGGAGGCUCAGAUCGGGUGCGCAUGUGUGUUGGUGUUGCUAUUUUCCGGGCUUGUCGCCUGCUCUGGUGUGUUUGGAAACCCUUUAACUGACGAUGUGACCACACUAGACACCCUGAGAGAAAACAUUCCCAAGGAUUACAAAAUUCGUGUUCGUUACAUUUCCAAAGACGUGGGAGGGAUGUGCUGGGUUUAUCUGAACCUGUAUCCAGCGGAGAGUAGUUUGAAAAACCUAGCCCUGAAGUUUGGCAACCUUUCAGCCAACAGAGAAAAUAUUACUAUCUUCAUCACCAUACUGCAAGGACUUCGCUUCACCAUCGAUAACGAGCAGCUGGAGUCAACAAUGCAGGCCUUUAAGUGUCAUUAUCGGAGCACACGAUGGUCCACCAGACGUUAUUUUGACCAUGUCAAAAAGGUUCUUGUAACGUUUACCUCGAAUCCCCACCAGUUGGACUGUAUUCCUCCUCCAUGUCCCACCGCUACCGCACCUCCACUUAUGUCAGGUGAGUCAGAUCGGCGUGUGAUUACCAGAGCGAUCCCUGGUGUUCUCGCACUAGUCGUCAUUCCCUGUCUUGCUGCACUUGCACUCAUAAUCAGAACAGUGCUUCAUCGAAAAAUGUGCUGUACAGAAAGGAGACGGGAUGAGACCAAUGACAUGGAGCCACAAAAUGACCCUGAAGCCAGUAUAGAUGCGUCACUCAAUAACAGCGAAUCAUCUUUCUUAAAUAACCAAUACAGGGUGCAGCAGGUUGAGGACACGGGAGUUUAAUCCGCCGCACCGAAAGUAUUUGAUGGCAUUCUUUGGAUAUAUGAAGUGCACAAUGAAGGGCGUUGAACAGAAUCCCAGGAUCAACUCUCACAGCUGGCUGGAAAGUUAUGCGCUAAACAGUUAGCCAUGUGUUUAAUUGAAUACCCAAGAAAUGACCUCACUUGCAAGAAUCCUAACAUCUUCCACCCCCAGCAUCGGACUCUCCAAAUGCCCAAUAAAUAGUAACUCAACGUGCUUCUUCUGGAUUGCACAAACAAGAAGGCAUCCUUGAAAACAGCCUGCUGGAACGCUUUGGUGAUUUAGUGGUUUGGCCGGAACAGGAAGCACAGCUCUUUUGAAGACGUGGUCACGGCAGAGGCGUGACCGCCACCAUGCCUGCGGCAGGUCCGUCUCUUUGAGGCUGACUUGUGGUGCUGCAGGCCUUAUUUUGGAGGACAAAUAGCUUUUUUGUGUUAUAUUGCCGAGGCUUCCUCCAUGUUGCAGCACAGCACUGCGGCAGAACAGUGGGCAUACUUGUCCUGGCGGUAUGCGCAGUUGGGAGCACUGGAUGGCGGAUGAAAGAUCGGCGCAGAUUGCAGUUCAUUCAUUGCAUUUUAGGAUUUCUGUAAAGAAAGGGCCGAGUGUCACCAAAUGUGGGCGUGAGAGGUACAACGGUGGUGACGGUUGUUUUGUUUAUUACAGGAGUGUGUUUGUUUGCGUGGGAAGUGUGGUAAGAGCCAUCACACUCAUGUCAUUAAAGCCAAGGUCAUCUCAUAUGCAGGAUGUAUUGUUCCUGGUGGUCAUAUUGAAAUGCAAUAAUUGUACGAGCUGGCCCACUCCAAAAGUACUUUCUUUUCAAACUGGAAAAAAACAAAGCCAGCCCACUCUUACCACUUAAUCGGGCACUGAAGUUCUUGUGGCAUGGCAGUCAUCCAAACACAUCCACAUCUGGUGGCCAGAACACAAUGACAGCUUCAUGUUGAUGAGACUGUAUGUAAAAAAAAAAAAAAGCACAGGUAUUAGUUGAAUUUAGGUAAUUUUUAGCCAAGAAUCCAAAUAGCACGAAAAAAGAAAACCUUAUGACAACUUACCAUUGGUCAAUCUUUUAUCCACAAUACAUUUGCCAUUCCUAUAAUUGGUUCUUAUGUGCUUAAAAUUCAGCAAACCAACACAAAUACAUUGCAAAAAAAAGAUUUCUUGUUAAGAGAAAAUAUCUUUAAUACAGCUGAAUUUAUCUAAUAUUUCUUUUUAGAAAAUUAUUAGAACUCAAAUAUAAGUUUAUUUAUAUUACUUUGAUACUUUUCCUCAUGGCGGCACGGUGGUGUAGUGGUUAGCGCUGUCGCCUCACAGCAAGAAGGUCCGGGUUCGAGCCCCGUGGCCGGCGAGGGCCUUUCUGUGCGGAGUUUGCAUGUUCUCCCCGUGUCCGCAUGGGUUUCCUCCGGGUGCUCCGGUUUCCCCCACAGUCCAAAGACAUGCAGGUUAGGUUAACUGGUGACUCUAAAUUGACCGUAGGUGUGAAUGUGAGUGUGAAUGGUUGUCUGUGUCUAUGUGUCGGCCCUGUGAUGACCUGGCGACUUGUCCAGGGUGUACCCCGCCUUUCGCCCGUAGUCAGCUGGGAUAGGCUCCAGCUUGCCUGCGACCCUGUAGACCAGGAUAAGCGGCUACAGAUGAUAUGAGAUGAGACUUUUCCUCAUUUCAAGCUUUAAAUUUUUGUAUUCUAUUGGCAGAUAAUUUUGCUUCUUUCGUGAAUUAAAUGCUUAAAAUUAGCAAAAUGAUCUGCCGACACAAUAAGAAAAUUUCAAGCUUGAAAUGAGGAAAAGCGUCUAAAAGUAAGCUAAAUAAUCUUCUAAUAAGAAAUGUUAGAUAAAUUCACCCAUAUUAAAUAUAUUUUCUCUUAACAAGAUAGCAUUUUUUUGUAGUGUGGACAACAGGAAGUGUUGAUAAAGCAGCUUGGUAGCGUCACGAUAUAUCACAAGAAAAAUCCACUUGAAGUUGGCUUUACAUGGUAUAAUUUUUGGCCUGUUUUUUUUUUUUUUUUCCUGUCACUGCCAAAAAUCACACAUCAUCAAAGAAUUUUUUGGUCGUGAAUUGAGAUUGGUGGUCACAGAAUCCAAAAGCCACCAAUUGGAGGACGGCGCAGGAUUAUGCAAAACUCACAGGACAGCGAUGGCAAAAUGAAAUGAAACAAAACCUGCUAAUUGACAGAAAUUAAUAUCCGUAUUACCUCAAACUUGUAUUGAAGAAUGUUUGUGUUUACGCGAUCCCGUUUUCCGCAUGAGAAAACGUGCCAGAUUGAUGACGUGAGCGCCAAUACAAUCUCCAUCGUAUAUUUAACAAUUAUUCCACGAAAUCGAGUUGUACAUGAGCUGAUAAUCCAUGUACAACGAGAUUGAGUGGAAUAACUAUUUUAUUCUAUCCACCUUCACUGGAUUUUGAGAAAGGGAGCAUUUUUAUUUGUAUUUUUUGCAAAUUCGAUCAAUAAACACCUUAUACAAAACGUCCGACAAAAUCAUUUCCGCUUAGGCUGGCUUCUUAAAAACCUAUUGAUGGCGGCACGAAUUGACUUUGGUGUUGUUUUUUUGUAGAAAGUGCCGUCGUGCUGUCGAGGUAUAGAAUAGCUUUAGACUUAUUUUAGUUCUUCCUUGGAUAUUUCAGUGACGUAAUUUUCAAACUUCUUUGAGCUUUUGAACCAGACUAAAAAAAUUCAACACAUUUUAAUGCUUAAAGAUGAAGAAUGUAAACAAACCGGCGAAAUGACAGGAGCAAUUUGUGGAAAAUGCGAUAAUAAUAAUAAUAAUAAUAAUAAUAAUAAUUCUUGAAAAAAAAAGAUACGUUCGUACCAUCAAAUACUUUCGUUCCAUAUUUCGUUGCUUUUUUUUGCAUUUUUUGUGGUUUUGUUUCUGAGUCGAGUUUUUAUUUCGUCCUCAGUUGGUUCAGGAACACAGUACGCCAUUUUGUUUUUCUCUACUCAUGGUAUAUGAGCUGAUAUCCUAGUAGUAGAGGAGCCAAUCAGAGCACGCGAUUGCUCAUAUCCAGUGAAUGUGGAUGGAAUAAUCUGAUUUGUAUCAUAUUAUACAGCAUGACAAGAUUUAUAAUAAUCUUAAAAGGCCACUGUGCUCGCACAGAGAAAAACGUCCUAACUCUGUCACUAAUAAACACACUUAUCUCUCGAACAGGAGGAGAAAGAGCUGACUGUUUUCAUGACAAUAAGCAGAGAGUCAAAGUGCAUGAGAAUUGAAGCCACAUGAUGAAUCUGACUCACAUCCCAUAAUUCGAUUCUCACGUUGUGUGUCUGUUUCGCUUGGCUUCUGAAGAUGGGUUUAUCCAUGCAGCUGCCCUGGACUAUGGCUCACAGUAAGUACGUCUGGGCUGAAACGAAUAACACAGGACUCUCUAUUGAAAAUGUUUCGUAGCUCCGAGUGAUGAACUGAUGAACACUACGCCGUUGAGGAAGCAGUAUCAAAUGUCCGUGUCCAUCAUGUUUCCAAACAUUGUGCUGAGCAAUUUUUCCCUGACUCAGUUUGAGCGCCAGUAUUAGAAAGGGUCAUUUUCUGCCCAUUCAGGUUUAGGUGGAGGAAGUCUGAAGCUCUUUUGUCUCCCCGAACUCAUCAAAUCUCUCUCUCUCGAAUUAACAAUGCGACUGCUGUCCACUAUUGUCAUAAAGCGUGACCUCCGGCUCGCGAUAUAUGAGGUCAGUAAUGGCAGACUGGCUAUCAUCAACCGCGGAGGGGCUUUAACAAAGACGUCUCUCAUGCGUGCACAGACACACCGCUUUUUAUGGUGUUAUUAGUCAUUCUCCGGUCUAAACCCACUCUCUGGACACCAACUCAGCUCUGAACAGCACAGCUACACACAAGACACACAGCCUGUGCGCUGACAAUCCAGACACCGCUGAUCAACACCAUAUGAUUCUAGCAUCAUCCAAGCACUUCCUGAGUUAGACUGGAGCACCGAGUGCAGGGAACAACACCGUGACUCACAAAAGGGUCUGUUUGAUGUUACACCAAGAUCAAAAUAUCAUGACAAUGUUGUACGCGAGCCAAAGAGUACAUGCCAUAUGACGUUUUUGUUGUUUUUUUUUGUUUUUAAAAAAAAAAAAUAAUUUAUUUAUUGGUUACAGUGACAGAAGUAAGAGUGUGUCAUAUGACUUGUGCUAUUUUCCAACUUUAACUCUUCAAACAGUAUUUAUUUUCUUUCCAACUUACUUGACCAGUAAAACUUGACAGUAUUUAUCCUGCUGAUUUUCUCAUUUUACAGUAAAUACCUGUAUCAUCUACAGAGCUGGAUUCAGUCAUUCAUUCAUUCAUUCAUUCAUCGCUAAGCUAACCAGUGGUUUUGUUGUUUUUUUUUUUUAAGCUGGGAUUCAAAGUAAUUAAAGUGAGCGAACAUAAACUGGACCCAGAGUUAGUUUGCUAUCCCACUAAUUCAUCUUCAUAUAUAUAUAUAUAUGCUUUACAUGUCAAUAAGUAAAUACUGUUAUCCUGUAUGUUACAAACUUUUAUAAAAAUCAUUAUACAGUAUUAUAAAUA